AAAGCUUGCUGUGAUCCUGACUAUCGUGAAUGCUUUUCUCCAUCUACAGGUUAUUGCGAAGACGGCAGAGAAGGCGCCGCCGCCGGUGGUAACGUCCAUGGACACGACGCCACCAGCGGAGCAGCGGGCAGAAGCCACGCUGUCCACGGCGGCCCCGCUGGACGCACCCCCUGGGCCGGGCUUCCUUUACGCAACAGCUGGGCCCUCAGCCGUGCCGGUGCCGUAUGUCUGGGGCUCUUGGCCGGGGUACAAUCCGAACGCCAGCAACCCGGGCGGCGCCAUCAGCACUGGACAUGCCCCGCCGCUCUGCUUUCCGCCCUGCGCGUGGUACUACCCCGUCGUCACCGACCCACAUGGUUCGCCGGCGACAUCUUACGCGCAGCCGCUCCAUGAGACAACGAGCGGGGGCGCCAGCCAGGGUACCUGCGGCGGAACGGCCGAUGAGGACACCGACGACGACCCGUGCUCGCUCACGCUGGGGCUUGACGUCGACAGGAAGUGUGCGACGAGCGCCGAGAGCGGCGGCAGCCGUGCUGUGGCGGGAGACAGAGAGAGGGCGGUGAUGGCAGCGGAGGCGAGAAAGAGGAGGAAGGAGCUGACGAAGAUGAAGCAGACGCAUCUCGGCGGCCGUCCUGGAGACGAGUAGGUCUCUGCGCCAUUGACGGGGGGUGAGUGGGUGACACUUGUUGUUUUUUUAACUUUCUAGCUGGUCGUUUCAUUUUGGUUGUUAUACGUUGUUAUAUCUGGUUUUGUUUAGCCUUUUGCUCGUCCAAAUGAUUUCAGUUUUCAAAUUAUUUUGUGGUGCAAUCUGUAUACAAAAGAUUAGUAGGUUUGAUGACGUGCAACAAGAGUCAUGUACUCCCUCCGGUUUUUUCUUCAUAUAUGUAUA